UUUAAAAAGGUGUCUCCUGUCUUUAAUUCUGAAGUUUAACACUAUCACUGACUAAAUUGAAAUAUCGUAUAUAACCUUUUAUGAUUAUUGUAGCCAUCUGUAUGUUUCGUAUAAUAUUUUUUUUUUUUUAUUAGGAACUGAUGUGUGUGUGUGUGUGUGUGUGUGUUGGUGUGUGUGUGUGUGUGUGUGUGUGUGUGUGUGUGUGUGUGUGUGUGUAUGGCUGCAUGUUUCCCAGCACUGGGGGUUCAUGAAUGCAUUCUCAGUGCUGGGUUGUGGCUGGAAGGGCAUCAGCUGCAUAAAGCAGUAAUUGGCGGUUCAUUCUGCUGUGGCAACCAGUAAAUAAUAGGGACUAAGCUGAAGAAAAGGGAGUGAGCAAGUGUUAAUUUUGUAAAUUACUUUGAACAUAUUGGAAACUGUACUGUCUAUGGAAGAUGGAGGAGCCCUCAAAUAUCACCCAAAAUAUCUUAAUUUGUGUUCAGAAGUCUCAGUGCUUUGGAACCAAAAUGAGGACCAGUAAUUAAUAGCAGAAUUUUUAUUUUUGGGUGAACUAACCUUUUAAGGAUGUGCAAAGGUUUUAACACUUUGUCCGGUAGUUGUUUUGUCUCAUGAUUUAAUGGUCCGUCUUUUCAUCCUGUGGAUUUCUGAUUGCACUCAUGAGUAGUUUUGAAUGAAAGACCCUCCCCUCACCCGCCGGAGCCCCAUAUAAAAGGUCUCGUCUCCACUCGCUCUCACGCUAAAGAUGACAGUGUUGUGUGCGCGCCAUCAGCUGGACUUCACCUACUGAACUUAAAGUACUUCUAAGCUCAUCCACAAAAUCAGAUAAUGCCGUUUUCAUUCACGUUAAACUUAAGCAACACAUCCGUGGAGAUGGACACCUCCGCAGAUGAUCCCCGGAACGAGCACCUGGCUCAGAUCGAGAUCGCGCUUCUGAGCGUCAUCUUCCUUUGCGCGUCCACUCUGAACUUCAGCCUGCUGCUGGUCCUGUGGAGGAAACGACAGCAGAUGUCCAGAAUGCGCGUGUUCGUGACCCACCUCUGUUUGGCGGACCUGGUGGUCGCGUUUUUCCAGGUGUGCCCUCAGCUGAUGUGGGACAUAACUGACCGCUUCGUCGGCCCAGACCUCGUAUGUCGUUUGGUCAAGUAUCUGCAGGUCGUCGGCAUGUUUGCGUCCACUUAUAUGAUAGUUGCUAUGACCGUUGACCGCUAUCAGGCGAUCUGCAACCCAAUGGUGACUUUCCAGAGGAGGCGCGCGCGCUGGAAUCUGCCCGUGUGCGUCGCGUGGCUGGUGUCUUUCGUUUUAAGCGUGCCACAAUUGUUUAUUUUCUCCAGAGUUCAAAUCGCCCCGGGGGUCUACGACUGCUGGGCUGAGUUUAUCCAGCCGUGGGGACCUAAAGCGUACGUGACUUGGACGACGCUGGUGAUUUUCCUGGUGCCCGUGGUGACGGUGACUGCCUGUCAGGUGCGCAUCUGCCGCGCGCUCCAGAUCAACCUGUAUCUAAAGACGCAACAGCAGCAGCGGGGAGAUGAAGGACACUCGCACCCUCUCUCUUCCAGAGCCAGCAAUGUGGUGUCGGUGUCCAAGUCUCGGAUUAAGACGGUGAAGAUGACGGUGGUGAUCGUGCUCGCCUACACCGUGUGCUGGGCUCCGUUCUUCACCGUGCAGCUGUGGUCUGUGUGGGACGACGACGCUCCGACCGAGACUGCAACCUUCACCAUCCUCAUGCUGCUGGCGAGUCUAAACAGUGUUGCCAAUCCAUGCAUCUACCUGCUGUUCACAGUGAAGUUUCCAGAACUCUUAGGGUCUCUCUUGUGCAUGAAACACACUGACAAGAAGGAGCCACUGCCUGAGGAAACUACAAUGGUCAGCUCUCUCUAUCUGAGCUUUAAAAGCCACUCAGACAUACGGUGAAAAAGAAACACUGUUCUGUACUUUGGGCAUGUAUGCCAGUAUAUUUUGUAAAUUUACCAUGUAAAUAAUUUGCGAAUAUAAUAAGUGUUCGAUAUACAACAUAAUUUAUAGAGUGCUAUUACCAUUUAGUACCAUCAGUGGACCAUGGUACUAGAACAAUGCAUUUAUUUAAAGAAGAAGUUUAAAUUAAUUACAUUUAAAUGAACGUUUUUUUAC